GCCGGACUCGUACUCAUUGGAAUUCGUUUCUAUAGACUCUAGAGUGCGAAAAUCGAAACCCGAUGGGCUAUUGAAAUUUCCUUAUUCCCCGGUUCUCGCCAGUUUUCUGAAUUGAAUUAAACUAACGAAUUGCCAAAAAGUGUUGAUACUUUUCUUAAAAGGGCUCAGGGAUGCCAGGGUCUUCCAUUUUCUUAAUUAUUCUUAUAUGAUUGUGAAUUUUACAAGAGUUCAAUUGAGCGGAGUCCAAGGGAUUAGCUAUCGAAAUUGGGUGAACAAUGUUUGAAUAAUUAUGGGGUAGAAUUGAGAGCUCAUAAAAAUGUAGUUUAGAAAGUUAAUAAGUGGGAAAUGUUAAUAAAUGGAUAAGGAUUAUUUAAGCCGACAUGGUGCAUCGAAUACUGAGACGUAUCGUCCUCUCGAACAUAUCAAACUGUGGGCCGAAAUUCGUAGGGGUACUGGCACCUCUGGUGGUACCUCCUCUCCAUAUUUUAUUCCUUUAUUAUUUCUGGAGAGAGUACUCGAGGGAUGUGGACAAACAGUACUGCUCCUGCUCGUGUUGGGACACUGUCUUUAAGGGUUCGUACGAGUCAGGAGUGGCCUCGUACAAACACAUGUACUUCAAUGCUACCCCCAAUACCUUGAAGAUAUGGGCGACAAUAGUGAUCGGAGUUGUGGCAUUUUAUGAGACAGCAAAGUACCUAGCCUGGCUAGCAUUCCAACGUCGUCUUAGAUUGGGAAUGCUGAUACUCUUCAUUAGUGCCAUAUUCUCCCACUACUACUCCUGGUGGGUCUACAUCAACUAUUGGAAUGAUGAUUUCUACUCCCAGUGGUAUCACCAGAUGUUCUUCUCCAUUACUGAAUUGGUAUCGACGGUAUUGGUGGUGAUCCUCGCUGAUAGCAAGAGUCCAGUUACAGCGAAGAAAGCUCUCGUGAUCAGUGGAAUUGGACUUGUCCAUAUUUUUGCAGGCAGUUGGGAUCAGUUCGUUACUAACGUUUUGAGGGGCGAGGGCUAUGCUCAUCAGGUAAUUCGAGACCUAGGAUUCAUGAUUCCGGAUGUACUUCAUGUUGUGAUGCCUCUGUUCUCCCUACGGUGGCACGAUGAUGAGUUGCUUCCAGGUGCUGGCUUAAAAAUUCGCAAAAUCAAACGUGAAUUGACCUGUAUGAUUGGCCUGAUCCUUCUGGGUCUCGGGCUGUGUGCCAUGCUUUGAUCCAGGCAAACUAAUCAAAGUGUUCUUAUCAAUUUCUUCAACAAACCGUCUUGUUGGGCGGAUAAAUUAUUUUCCUAUUGAAGACAAUUGAAUCCCAAGACUCCCGUAUAGAAUCGUAUUUUUAGACGUGUUUUCACGAAUUAAUCUCCUUUAUAUUUGACUGUGUUACGAUUAGUUAUCCGUGUUACGUUUUUAAAAAAUAUACUUUAAUUCAAUUCAUCGGCUUCGUAAUGAGACUGUAUUAAGUUUCAUAAAUUCUAAUUUGUUUUCUCGAAACUUGGGUAAUUUUAAUUAUAUAUUUUUUUUUCAGCUCAUGAAAAAUGACGUAGGUUUUUUAAAGAUCAAAAGUAUUUUCAAAUAAUUAUGGACACAUUACAAAAAGACUGUAAUUCGAUAUUUAAUCAUAUUUUAAAAGUUGACUGUAUUUAAACCAUUGUUAACCAAAAACCUAUAAAUUUAUAUGUUCCAAUGUAGAAAACGGCUUAAUUAAUGAUGUAAUGGGUAGAAUAGGAAGUGGCAUAGUGUGAUAGAUCUCGAUGAGACGGCAUGUAGAAGAGUUUUGAGUGACAAUAGAGAAAGCGUAGUCGUGUAGAGGAAUCAUCUAGUCAUUUGGGAGAAUUGUUGCUCUAGAUUUUCAAAGUGCCUGAAUGUGUUAAAAAAGGAUUUGUAUCGUUGAAAACUCAUUUAAUUUAUUGUAACUAUAAGUUAUGAAUCCCAGACAUUAAUUUUUAUACAGGGACUGUUUUAUACAAAAUAUUUCCUAUCAAGUGGCGCGUUCUCUUUUAAAACCAAUGAUUGUAGGAGUGAUCGAUGGAUUAUUCUGAUUGCUUUACUAAUUAACGAGUGUAUACGCUUUGGAUUGUGAGUUUAAGGGCUAAGUAAAUGUCAAUUAAUAAAAUUGAAGGUAUCAACGGAAAUAAACAA